AUGUUCGCUUUCCGGUGGUUGACCGUUCUCUGCGCGGUGACGGCAACCGCACAACCGACCAAGUCGGCGGCCACGAUUUUGUCGUCGCAGCUGGAUGAAUUCAGCUUCUGGGUGCAGUACGCCGCGGCGGCCUACUGCCAUGACAAUUACGCUGGCACGACCGGCGAGAAGAUCACUUGCUGGGCGGACAACUGUCCGGCGGUUGAGGCCGCUGGAGCCACGACGCAGCUGCAGUUCUCCAAGUAUUCCUCCUUCUGCCCUCCUUCUAUCUACGAAGCUAAUGAGAAUAGUGCUACGAUCACCGACACGGCCGGGUUCGUCGCCAUCGACCAUCAACAUCAAAGCUUCAUCGUCUCCUUCCGCGGUUCGUAUUCGGUGCGCAGCUGGCUCGCCGACAUCAGCUUCCCGCAUAUCGACCCGGGCCUCUGCGACGGGUGUCUGGCGGAGCUGGGGUUCUGGACCUCGUGGGCCGUGGUCAGACAGCAGGUGGUGUCGACGCUGCAGGCGCUAAGGGCACAGAACGAGGGAUACCGCGUGGUCGUCGUGGGCCACAGUCUAGGAGCGGCCAUCGCCACGCUGGCGGCGGCGGACUUGCGCACGAAAGGGUUUGAUACAACGCUGUAUGCAUACGCGGCGCCCCGGGUGGCAAACCAGGAAUUGGCGGACUUCAUCACGAAGCAGGGGAAGAACUACCGGUUCACACACACGGUCGACCCAGUGCCCAAGCUGCCGCCGCUGGCCAUGGGAUACGUGCACGUCAGCCCAGAGUACUGGAUCACGACGCCAGAUAAUACGACGGUGGAGCCGGGAGAGGUGCAGGAACUGGCGGGCACGGUGAAUUUCCAGGGCAAUACAGGCACGGGGAUUCCACUGUUAACGCAGUUCAGCGCGCAUCAUUGGUAUUUUGAGCAGGCAGAUGCCUACGAGUCUGUAUCUGCAUGUGCAUCGCAGCGUCACUUCGCCGCUGCAGUCCUGUCUGCCCCCGCCAAUCGGCGAUUGAGUCCUCGUAUCGAAUAUAUAAAGUCGACAGACCCCGAGAGCAGCAUUGGGAGUACUCUGCGUACUCUGACCUCCACCAGCAGUCAAUGGCUCAUCAUUGGAAACACCUCCAUCUUCUGGCCUACGUCGACCAAUUAUUUCUACGGCCCAACCGACGGCCCUGAAGCCUCCGCUGUUUCGUGCAACGCCGCCUGGGCUGAAUACGGCGAACGGUCCCACGGACUCUGGAGUCUGGGGCCGACGGCCACCACCACGUCGACGGGUUUCUAUCCCACCAGCGAAGGCGCCUGUCGCACUUCCACCUCGCUGGAGGAAUGGUCGGAUACGCACACGGGGCCCGUCACCACCCUGUGCGACGGCCAUCCACGUGGCCUGGGCCCCCGCGAGACGGCGACGGGCUACUAUCCCGGCACGGGGCCCUGCAUCACGUCGACAAAGACGUAUAGCAACGUGGAGAGCGUGUAUCGACUGCCUUCGCCGUCUCCCACCUGCUCGCUGCACACGACCGACUGCGCGGGCAUCUGGGAGACGUAUCUCCGACGAUCGAGCGAAUACGACAGCGCCCAUCCCACCAGGUCGUCCGGCGACACCGCCAGUCCCAUCCGACCGACGCAUUGUCCGCGCGACUACCCCGAGGCGGAUCCCUGUGGAAGCUGUCAUUUCCUGCCGGGCGAAGCCACACUCUUCUACUGGCCCGUCCAGACAAUGGCGGGCGACCUGUGUCGCCAGGACGGUGUCACGGUGCCAGCGACUCCCACAGCACCGCCGGGGCCCAACACGGCGGUCGUGGAUGGACGCACGAUGGUAUCGCCCAGCGUCUACCUCUCUUUCACUUCCAUUGGCGCCUGGAGCAAUCGCCGGGCACAUGCCGGCCAUCAGUGCGGCGGCGCAUACGAGAAUGCGGUCAUCUCCGUGCACCCUACGGCCGUGUCGUCGAUGCGCGAUCACCGCAAUGCCAAAUACCCUCGCAUCGGUACGGCGUAUCCCUUCAAUUUCGCUGAGUUCAUGCCGCAGACGCUGGCGCCGCAGCACACGCAGUCGGUGAUCCCCUGGCCGCAGUAUCGCGGCGGGUCGCAGUGUCCGCUGGCCGAGGACCGCACAUGCACGAUGGUGCGCGACGACUACCUGCCCUGGUUACAGAUGCCCGAGGCAGUGCUGCAGAUCGAUGCGAAUUGGACCAAUUGUGAUCGCAGCUGGUAUAUUCCGCCGGUGACGUUGGUGCCGUUACCAACACCGAGCAGCCUGACCAAGGCCGUGGAAAGGACUAAGGAACCAAAGGAAACGGGAGCAGGAGAAACAGGAGAGGAAGAUGAGAAACAGGGCCCUGGUGUCUUAUAG